UCACAUACACACAUUAACCACCAUGCUGUUAGAAGACUUGCGCAAUACGAGGGAGGACCUUGAGCGUCUCGAGCAGGCCAUAGCCGAGCGCUCGCUUGAAGAUCCCAAACAUAUUCGAGACCGCCUACAAAGAGACCACCAAAUCGCUGCCUUCCUCGAUCGCAUAAAGUCGCAAUCAAAUCGCGCAGUCGACCUGUACAAAGACAACGAUGGCAGUCGCUUACGCGAAGUCCAAUCCAUCUCGACCGGCGACACAUUCGACGAGUUCUACAAGCAACUAAACCACAUUAAAGACUUCCACAAGCGCUACCCAAACGAGCCUGUUGAGAACCUCGAGCGCGCAUACAAGCGCAGAGCUGUUGGAGAAGAUGCCCCCUUCCCAUCCGAGAUCGACACCAUGUUCACUGGAGAGGAGGCCUUUGGUCGCUACUUCGACAUGAACGCCCUGCACGAGGAUUACAUCAACCUGCCUGGUUCAAAGAGGCGCAUCACAUAUCUGCAAUAUCUGGACACAUUCGACGAGUUUGAUGGCAUGUCCAGACCGGAAAAGCUGAAGGAUCAAUACUUCCAAUACCUUGGAAACCUGGCUACAUACCUUGAAAGCUUCAUGCGCCGAAUCAAGCCUUUGGAGGAUCUGGAUAGACUAUUCCUCAGCUUCGACGAGGACUUUUUGAAACUCUGGGAAAAGGACGAAGUGCCCGGCUGGCAACUCAACACAAAAUCAACAUCAGACGCACCAGCAACAGAAGGUACAGGCGAGGGAAUGUGGUGCCCGGACUGUGAGAAGGAGUUCAAGAACGACAACGUCUACAAAGGCCACUUGACAGGAAAGAAGCACAUCAAAAACGCAGAAGCAAGAAAACAACGCGCCGCAGACGGAGAAGCCGCAUCCACAAAUGGUAGCGCCAACACAGCAGCAGCUUCAAUGCACCGCUUAAAAGAAAAGGCCGUGGCCGAACGCGAACACCGCAUCCGUAAACUGGCUGCUGCCAUGCAAACCGAGCGCUCCGACACUCGCGCCAACGUCGAACGCAAACAAGGCAUGACAGACAAGGAACGCCAACAAGAACUCGCAGCCCUCUACGCCGAGUCCAUGGACCUCGCCUCCGCAGACCCUCAGGCCGACGACCCCGAACAAGACGAAGAAGGCAAAGUCUACAACCCGCUAAAACUCCCCCUGGGCUGGGACGACAAACCCAUCCCUUUCUGGCUCUACAAACUGCACGGCCUAGGCGUCGAAUUCCCCUGCGAAAUCUGCGGCAAUUACGUCUACAUGGGCCGCAGAGCAUUCGACAAGCAUUUCGGAGAAGCCAGACAUUUGUACGGGUUGAAGCGAUUGGGCAUCACCAAUUCGAGUAUGUUUAGGGAUGUGACGGGUAUUGAGGAGGCGACCGAGUUGUGGAAGAAAUUGCAGGGGGAUAGGAAGGUGGAGAGUACGGCUAGUGAUCAGGUUGUGCAGAUGGAGGAUGGAGAGGGCAAUGUCAUGCCCGAGAAGGUGUACUAUGAUUUGCAGAAGCAAGGGUUGCUAUAGACGGCUUGAUGAAGGUCGUGGAAGAGUUGGAUAACGGGGCAUAUGGAUAGAAAAAGAACUGACGAUAUCCUUGACC